UUCAUCUCCCCCCUCCACCGUCCCUCCCUCCCUCCCAUCGUUUUCUCCUGCAGCCACCGACGCGAGCAUAGCCGCGCCGCUCCCGCCCGGCCGCCUCCCCGCCCGAAUCCGAUACCUUCUCCACCUCCAUCUUCCACGCUGAUGCGGUUCGGAUGGGAGGAUUGAUCUCGGGGGAGGGCCCGUGCACAUGAGCUUGCCGGGGAGGAAGGCCCCGGCAGGGGUCUCCGGAGUCCGGCGGUGGCUCGUCACCAUCGUCGUGUCGGUGCUGGCGCUGGUGCUGACCCUCGUGGUGAUAUCGCUCUCGGUGGGCUCGUCCCUGCCGCGGACGUCGCUGCAGGAUUACCUCCCAGUCAUAGUUAGCGGCCUGGGGAAGCUUUCGUCGCCGGAGGAUGCUGGUGGAAACAGGAAUAGCACUGCAGUUGGGGAAGAGUUGGUGCAGGGUGGCCGGGAACCCUUGGUGGAGCAGAAUGGUCAGGGAGGUGACGUGAAUUCAGGCCAACCAUCUCCGGUUACAGAGAAAAUUGAAAGCAAAGAGCCGGAUCCAGUUGCUCCCGGUGAUAAAACGUCAACCCCGGAUGAGGAUUCAUCAAAGGACUCUCGAAAGGCUGAGCAAGGUACUUGUGAUCUAUACCAUGGGCGGUGGGUUCUUGAUUCUGCUGGGCCACUAUACACAAACAACUCUUGCCCUAUCAUCACGCAGAUGCAAAAUUGUCAAGGAAAUGGGCGGCCGGAUAAGGAAUAUGAGAACUGGAGAUGGAAACCAGAACAGUGCAUUCUUCCACGCUUUGAUGCAAGGAAGUUCUUGGAGUUGAUGAGAGGCAAGACACUUGCGUUUGUUGGGGAUUCAGUUGCUCGGAAUCAGAUGGAGUCCCUUGUUUGCCUUCUGUGGCAGGUAGAUGUCCCACAAAACCGUGGCAACAAAAGGAUGCACAAGUGGCUGUUCAAGUCAACUUCAACGACUAUUGCCCGUGUCUGGUCUUCUUGGUUAGUGCACAGGUCAACUGAAGCUGUGGGGAUUGCUCCCAAGGGUAUCGAUAAGGUCUUUCUGGAUGUCCCAGAUGAGACCUUCAUGGAUUUUCUCCCAAGGUUUGACAUAAUCGUCCUCUCUUCUGGGCACUGGUUCGCCAAACGAUCAGCCUAUGUCCUAAAUGGCAAUGUUGUUGGAGGGCAGCUCUGGUGGCCUCGGCAAGCAGGAAAGAUGCAGAUGAACAAUGUUGAUGCUUUUGGUGUCUCUGUUGAGACUUGCCUGACUUCUGUGGCGACUAACCCAAAUUUCACGGGCCUAGCUAUUGUGCGCACAUGGUCACCAGAUCAUUAUGAAGGUGGAGCAUGGAACACUGGUGGAUCAUGCACAGGAAAGGUCAAGCCCUUGGAUGAGGUGGUGAGGAAUGGGUUUACUGAUGCGAUGUAUGGUAAGCAGGUUGAAGGCUUCAGGAAGGCAGUGAAGAAUGCAGGGCAACACGGUUCAAGGUUGAAAUUGAUGGACAUCACUGAACCCUUUGCCUUCAGGGCUGAUGGGCAUCCUGGCCCAUAUAGAAGUCCAGACCCAAACAAGAAAACACAGAGGGGGCCAGAUGGCAAGCCUCCACCUCAGGAUUGCUUGCACUGGUGCAUGCCAGGGCCAGUAGAUACAUGGAAUGAGAUGUUGCUAGAGAUCAUACGAAGAGAGUUCGAGAGAGAUAGAAGCUGAAGAUAGAACUCGCUGUCUACUCUCCAUCACAUGAUACGUUGUGUUCCAAAACACCUUGGGGUGUAUCGCGGCACUUAGCAUGUUGUUAUUCUUACCACAUAGGAAGGAAUAUAGCAUGUUGUUCUUACCACAUAGGGAGGAAUAUAGCUUUGGAUACGUAAGAUUCAGUGUAUUUUUUGUCUGACACAUUCUUGGAUGUAUCAUUUCUUGGCAGAUUUUGUGGAACUGUAAACACAAUAGUGUAAACUGGAAUUGAGUCUCUGUCCGUGUAAUAGUUUGCUUGGUAGAAGAGAAUGAGGAUGUAACUGUCUAAAAAGAGUAUUCAGUACAAAGUGUUCACUGUAAACGCAACAGUGUAAACUGAUAUAUUUGCUACGAUAAUUGGCUUUAACUGCA